UAUCACGUUCAUGAUCUAAGCUAGAUAUACCAGAGGGUGUUGCAAAAGGGAUUAGAAGUGCCAAAAAUUAGCUUCCUUUCUAUAACUUCCAAAGUCUGUAAGCAUUGCUAUUUUUCAUAAAUUUGGACCUAAUCGAAAAAGUUUGCUAGUUUGAUUGAGAACAUUGGAAGAAAACGCUUAAUUAAGCUAUAAAUUAUAAUUUAUUAAGCUGUAUUAAGCUUGCGCUGUUUUUCGGAGCAAAAAGGUUGAAAAAUACAGGAAAAUUACAGAUGGAAUCGAGAAAAACAUGGAAGACAUUUUUCAACUACUAUCUUGACCGAUUUAUAACCCUUUUACGUCAAUUUCGGUUUCUCGAACCGAUGUAUCCUCUUUUGACGUCAAUUUUUGUUUUUGUCCUAGCAGAAAGAUUAAAAGGGUGACUUUAGUAUAGGAAGUGACGGAAAGGAAAAUUUGUCUGCACUCAUAUAAAUCGAUGGGCAAAGCUCUUGAAUCUCAAAAAAGGAGAAACAGCUCUAGAGAGAGGUAACCGGAGGGGAAUUGAGAUGAUCAGAGUUCUGUUAAUACUCGCUGUCACGGUGAUGGUGUUCGAAGAAAGCAAAGUUGAAGGGCAAAACGGUUUCCAACCUAGCCUCAAUUUUCCAAGAUUUCGUUCAUCAAAACGCCAUUCUUUCACUGCUGAUUUCGGCUAUAACCGAAACGAUGGCCUUAGUUGGAGUGUCGGUUUAAAACUGGACCUAGGCAGAAAACGGCGAUCUGCAGAGAACGAUGAUGCAGUGAAAGCAGGACAAAUCUUAUCACAGCAACCAAAAGCAAAUGUUCCAAUAUUGCCUCCAGUUGGUGGUGAAAGGAAAGUUAAGGUUGAGGAGCAAAGUGGUAUUUCCAAUCAAGAAAAACUCAUUCUCAAUAACCAAGAAACCUGCGACAGAUGUUUAGAAAUACAGCCAUUGAAAGUCGACGAUAAAAUUGCAGAAAACAAAACAUUGGAGAAUAAUGACUUUGUCAUGGUUGUCAAGCAUAUCGAUACAAAUCUCUCUGUGUUCAAACUGUUGUCGAUCAUGAAGUUUGAAGUUGUUGAUGUCUUGAAAAGUCCCAUUGAAAAAGUCAGUAAGGGCAGCCAAUUUACAAUCAGAGCCGAAAUGGCAGACUGUCCCUGCCUUUCUAUCCUCGACCCAGGGUACUAUGUUGUCACAGGCGUCAUUGACGAAAAUGGCAGAUUUACUCUUUCAAAUGUUCUUAUGGAGUUUGAGGAGAACUAAUGAAUAAAAGUCUAACAACAAAUAACAUUGAUAAAAGUCAUUUUUCUGUUUUUUGUCUCUCCAAGACGAUCAUAGAAAUCUAAUUUAGUUCAAACGGUAAAUGCAACAUAAGAAAAGAUCAAUAAGUUUGUAUUGAUCCUCUUUUUCUGGAAACGUUGUCCUUGCUCGUUUUCAUAAGAUACGGUGCGCGAGGCCUUGUUCUUAAGUUCCUCAUUUUUGAGCCUCGUAAUAAAAUCGUAGUACCAAAAAUGCCUUAAUACUUCUUUAUAUAGCACAGAUGCAAGAAGACAUUGAAAUUCUGUUUAGCAAUAAACCUUAGCUAGAAGGCAAAGCCAAAAGACCAAUGAGACGAAACUUCUUUGAUAAAUGUAAAAGUACAAUUUCAACCAAGAAGUAACAUGCCUUUCUUAUUCUCGAUUGCUUUCAAUGGUAAAAUAUUCAAGAUUGGAAAGUUCCCCGGACAUUUUGUCGAUUAUAGUAUAAGAUCCUUAAAUGUCUCAAUCUUAUAUUGUGGUUCCUUAUGAGAAAGACUCUAAUCCUUUAUGAAAUGUGAUCUGUGGGCGACUCCUAGAAUUUCUUCCGUUUCCUCUUUCAAACCACAUCACUGUAGUUGGCUUCAUUUCCUAAACUUAUUGCUGCACAAAUUGAGAACUAGGCAAAAAAGGCAAAAAAGCCAUGCAUUGAUGAAAACUUUAUAUUAUAGAGCAAGUUUUUUAAUAUACCAGGAUAUUUCAGUUAUCAAAUCAUCAUUUGUUUUCCUUGUCGACCAUACUUGAAAGGACAAAAUAAUAGUUCUUUACGACCUGUUAUGAAUAAAUGCAAGGGCAGCACACAUUGUCUAUGAUGAAUGUUAUGUUGCAGUUAUAAUCAGUGCUCUGUAGCUGCAAAUAAGAAAUUCAUUACCCUCACGAUCGUUUAGGCUUUGAGAGGGGUACCUUAAUAGGCUUUGAAGUAAGGGAACGUGCCAUUACAUAGGGGUACCUUUUCUCUGAAAAUGUGGGUAUAGUUUCCACCAUGUUUGCGGAAUUAUGGGGCACGUCCCUGACCAAAACUAGGCUUCACUGCCCCAAGCAUCUAGGAUUUCCCUGAAAAGAAAUCUAUGUUUUGAAAAUCUCGAACAUAGAUUCUUUCAAAUAAGGCAGUGGUGUCGUGGAGGGGGCUCAGGGGAGCUCCGGGGCUCAGGGGAGCUUGACGAUUUAACAAUAUAUAAAUAACUAACAAGGGCUCAGCCCCCUUGUUAAAAUUCAGAAAGAUCUUAGGCUCAGUCCCCUCCCAUCAAACAAACCCUUAUAUGUUUGGUUUAACGAAUUCAUUACUUUGCAAUGGGAACUUACCCUGUAUUUUGCUACUGAUUUUCAUAAAUUAGCAACUUCCUAUCAGUCUUUUUGAUUUGGUGAAUAGUUUGAAUGAUUUCAUAACACAGCAGAGAAUCUUUAGCAUGAAUAGAAGUAUUUAGGAUGUGACUUUGGUUGUGGUUUUAGCUGUGGCUUGUAAGUGUUGGCUUUAGCACAGCCCCUGUUCCUAAAUGCUUAGGAUGGCAUCUCUGAAAUCAGGGUGUUUCGAGACGAUAAAUCAGCGAAAAAUAUAAUUUUUUUUCACCAACCAGAUUAAACUUUCAAUUGAGUAAAAAAUUUCGAAGGAUGUACUGAAAUUGAGCAAAAUAUAAGAAGAUCGAUAACGAACUCAGCAACAAUAACAAUUUCAGCGACAUUUUCACAUGGCUGUCAAUGAUCAGUGAUAGACAAACGACUGCUAGAAAAAGGAAAAAUAUCUCUUUCAGAAUGGCUUCAUGGGGCGGAAUCUACAAAUUCUGCACAACAAGCAGCAGUAUCGAUUCGCGGCCCAACCAUCUCUUCACAUUGCCAUCAAAUUCAGCGAUCUUUUAACAUACAAACUAGUGAGAAAUUUCCCUACCAGGCCCUUAAAUCUCCCCACUAGUUGGCCCAUGAUUCCCCACUAGCAAGUACCCUUUUGUUGAAAAUUGUUUUAAAAACCAGUUUGAUAUGUCUCCAAUUACUGCUUGUUAUGUCGUUGUCGUUUUAUGCAUGUGUCAAAUUAUGUGUUACUUAUUUCGUAUUUUCUCAAAUGUAAAUCUCUGACUCUGUUUGAUUUUCUUGCACUGCACCAAAGCGAGGUAAUGAAGUUCGCGGGAAAAUUCUAAUAAGAAUGCUGUGACAGUUUGCUAUUAUCCUGUAAACAUGCCAAGAUCAGAACGCUCUUUAUUUAAAAUGUAGCUUUUCUCUGCACGGGAGUAAGGACUGAUGUGCAAGACCUUGAAGACUUACAUACUAUGCAUACUCGUUCCUUUUGUUUUUGCCGUCACAAUCCACGUCAACUCUUGUUAGAUCGAAUGAGUCACAGGUACAAACAGGACCUCAAGACAGUGCCCAAAAUUUUGGACAAUCAUUCAAAGUUCUUGGAACAAAGUACGGCUCCGUUGAUGAAUUUGACCUCGCCCCAUCUCCUUCGACGAGUAAUUUUGCAGAAGAUGACGGCUGGGAAGACAGUGGUGACGAAGAAGAAGAUAAUGAAAGCCAAGGGGCCUGACCUAUUGCAGAGGAAGCUUCAGGCAGUUUAUUGAUUGAUGGCUUUGAAUCUUCAGAAGGAAGAGGAAAGAUAUGAACUUUUUCCAUUCCUAGUCUACCUCCAGCUACAGAAGGAGCUCUGCUUUCAAGACCUGCAAAUUUCGGUUAAAAAGCUCUCUGAAACUUUAGAAAAUGUUUUUAGAACAACUGAAAUGGGCAAAGAAGGUAGGGGCUUGUUUUUUAUCUCUAUGUAUUUGGCUGUUUUUUGCCUCCUGAAAUGUUUAGCCUAUUAUCUCCUGCAAACAAUCUUGAACCCUAAAUGCAAAAAUAUUUGGUACGACCAUCGGUUUUGUCUUGGAUGUGGUUCUAUAAGUUUCCUUCAGCACAGCUGCCUUCCUUAUUUUUUAGGAUGGCACCUCUCCUGCAUACAGUAACCCUACAUUUACUUCUACACUACACUCUCAAUAGACAGCACAUUCCAGAAGUUUUCUUUUGAAACUUUUUGUUCAUUUCAAUGAUUACACUGAAAAAUUCUGCAUGUACUGCCUUUGUUUAUUAUUGUUCAAAUUAAUACAUUAAUUUAGUGUAUCCCUGAAUGAGAGUUGCCUACAUUAUAUUGCUGGGGUUUUUUUAAGUAGUUCUAUAGAUUGGGGCUGUAUUUUCUCGACUCAAUGCUUCGUGGUUAUAAGCUAUUUGUAUGUUAAUCUUAAUGAAGAUUUCUGUUUACCAAUCUGUCAUAAAACGAUCAAUUUCCUAUAGGUAGUAAGAGCUUGUAGCAGUAUGGCUUUAAGUUACUUCUUAAAACCUUAGAUCAAUUUUAGAACUGUCUUGUGAGCAUUUUGGAGCAGCGUGUAUCUAAAUCUUGCUUUUUUCUCUAGUGCCUUGCUGCAUAAUCGAUUUGGACCAUGUGUCAUAACCUCCCAAUCCGUUGCUGCGAUGCAGCUUUAAUUGAUCUUGCGUAUUGCAAUUAUGACGUCAGAUAAAGCAUUCGUCUGGUAUUUGAUUGCAUAGAUAGCAAAUCUCCUCACAUUCGUUUCUUGUUCGAUACAGAGAGGUGUAUUCGUGAGUUUUUUCGGAAAAUCGUACGUGCCCACUAGAGCAUAUCUAGUAUUUUUUCAAUUUCGCGCUAGAAAAAUUAUCUCUAGUGUAAUUGACGCCAUGAGGCGAUCAAGUCGCGAAGAGGAACUAGUUCCUAUGCGGAGCAUUGAAGCCGAAGAAGGCGGACGCCUGCCAUCUUCUUCUUCUUUAAGUUUCUCCAGCCAGAAAGACAUUCGAAGAAAGAAGUCUGUUCGCUUUUGUGAUUCAGUAUCCAAGCUUGACGAUCUGCAGGGGAUAAUGCAGAAAUUCCAGCACGUUUUGGGUGAUAUCAAAUGGCUGGAAUCGACUCUCGAGUCUUUAGAAGCACCUCUGCGUGCCAAUGGAUCUGGCACUGAAAAGCUGCUUUUGGAAUCUAUGGUUGAUGUCAGGAAGUUGGAGCAGGCUAUUGCCAAGAAAAGUGAUGAAGCUGUUUGGGAGAAUAUUCGCAAUGAAGAGAUGAAAAUGCGUUGCGAUGACACCGAGUUGAUGGGAAAUAUAGAACCUUUGAUCAGCUCCUUCACUAUGGAAAGCUUCGAAGCAUACCUGCGUGAGAUGGAACAUAAAAGAGAGCGGUUGAUAGCAAGCGUGAGUAAGCUCGAGCUCAUUUUAUUGGAAGACAAGAAGCUAAGAGAAUUUGCUGCAAGACGCUCUUCAGGGGCUGAAAAGCAGGUUGCCAGCCAGAGGUUGAGAGAGGAGAAGGACACUGCCAUUGCUGGUGAUGAUUUGUCUUCGAAGUCAAGCAGUGAAGAGUGGAUAUGUAGCAAUGAUGCCUGUAACCAAAGUCAAGAGCCAAGUGUGGAACUGUCUAUGGAUGGCAGUGAUGCACUAAUGGGAGAGAGUCACAAAAUGGAAGCUGCUAAUGCUCCUGAAGAUGGUCAGAAACAGGUUCUAAUGGAAGUGACAAAAGCCAAAGUGUCUCAAGCCCGGGAGGUGCAAGCCGAAAGCAAGAUGCCAGCCCAAGAUUUUGAGUUGCAGCAAAGCAUGAAAAGAAAACUGGUGCUGGAACUGAAAGAGGUGCUUGGAGACAUAUUCUAUUUGGAAGCCAGGCAGACCAAAUUGGAAGUUCCAUACCUAAGAAAGGUUUUUCCAUCGAAGGAAUCACUUGUUGAGUCACUUCUUCUGCUAAAGAUACGCGCCCAGAUACGUCUGCGGAGAAAAGAGAAAGCCCUGAUGCAAAAGUUGAUUCGUGAAGAAAAGGAGAAAACCCUAUGCCAAGAUGUUUCCCCCUCUGCCAAUAAAGGAGUGAGAUAUCUCCAGUUAGCCUAUAAAAGAAAGCUGGAGAGAAGAGAGUAUCUACGAAGAAGUGUCCGUAGAUUGGAACUCCACCAGUUGCCAUCAAAACAAGCAGAGAUUUUGCCAACACCUGAAAGCCAAGAGAAGGGCCUGCUUGAUGAUGAAAAGGCUAUGUCUGUGGAACCAGUAUGUGACCCAGGACAGUUGGCCAUGCCAGAUAGUUUGGAGACUGCGAAGAAUGGUGAAGAUCUACUAGAUAUCUCCGCAGUACCGAAAGGUGAAGAGUGUAAUCAAGAUGUACGCCUUCGUUUAACGGAUUUUGAAAGACGUGGCACUGCUCGUCAAGAGAGAAUGUCCCGCAGAAACCGCAAGGCCAAGAGAAGUGACAAAGAUGGUGCACCUGUGGCUGUACAAUGCUCUAAGAGUGAAAGCCUAUCCUCUGAUGUCCCUUUUGCAAGCUCUAGUGUCAUAUUGCCGUUGAACGAUGCUCAUGAACGGGAACCACCGUGCUGUCAUGGACCAGAGUGUCUCUUGCAGUUUGGAGAUUUUGAUCCUAUAUGUACCAAGAAGGACCCUCUUCUGUUUGUGGGGGAAUUCAGGAUUCCUGCAGAAGACUGGGAUGCAGAAUGCAGUUUAUCCAAUGGUAACGCAGUCAGCAGUGCAUUGAUCCCUGAAGUUGGUGCAGAGAAUGGCCAUCCUGAUGAUGGUGAUGUUGUAGCCAACGAUAAUGCUGCCAACGCAGAGUCAGGGACUGGUAAUGGCACAAAAGUUGCACCAGAAGGUACCAGUGUCCUUGAUGUUUCAAGGAAUGCUGCUGCAGGGACAGAUAUGGUAUGUGGUCAUGAUGUACAGGGUAGUGCUAGUGACACUGGUGCAUCAAAUGAAGGAGCCUGUGACAAAGAAGUAAAAGCUGCCAAAUUGAAUUCGACAGGUUCUGUUGAUAUAGCUAAUGGAAGCAUCAAUUCCUGUGACAAUCAAAUGCCCAAACAACAAUUGCCUCCCGAUGCUGCCAACGAGGAAACUGAAAUUAAUGGCCUAGCCUCUGCUGAUGGGGAGUUGGCAGACCUGGAAGAUUGUGAGCUGCCAAGAAUUGCAAACUGGGCUGAUCACGUAGAAGAGAAUGAAAUUACCAACAACGAGCCACAUGUUUUGCCAGCAGUUCCAGACAAGGAUAUCACCAAUCCUGAUCUAAAGCCACCUUAAUGUUAUGGCAAAGAUUUCAUGGCUGAUUCAUUCAAUUUUGAGGACAUUAUGAAUAGUCAUGAUUGCUGUAAUUAUUUAGUUAUGAUUUGUGUUAAUGUACAUUUUUAUCAGUUCGUAUUGACUCUAUUCUUUGCAUUCUCUGAAAUUGUUUCCACUGGUAGGCUCAAUCACUCUAAGACGAGUCUGGAAUGUAACCACUGAUUUUUGGUUUUCUCAUUUAUGUCUCACCAAGUGGUUUAAUAAAUGCAUGAAGUUUACAUUUGGUUAUCACGUUCAUGUUCUAAGCUAGAUAUACCAGAGGGUGUUGCAAAAGUGAUUAGAAGUGCCAAAAAUUAGCUUCCUUUCUAUAACUUCCAAAGUCUGUAAGCAUUGCUAUUUUUUUCAUAAAUUUAGACCUAAUCGAAAAAGUUUGCUAGUUUGAUUCAGAACAUUGGAAGAAAAUGCUUAAUUAAGCUAUAAAUUAUAAUUUAUUAAGCUGUAUUAAGCUUGCGCUGUUUUUCGGAGCAGAAAGGUUGAAAAAUACAGGAAAAUUACAGAUGGAAUCAAGAGAAUUCCAUCUGUAACCCAAUGACCCAAUUCAAAAACACAAUGAAUGAAAAGAGAUUGCAGCAUUAUUAUUACUAUAAUCAUUAUUGCUACUAUGUUUUUUCUCAGUUUUCCCUUUUAAGUUACGACUGUUUUAGUUUUUUCUUUUAAAAUCAUGCUAGCCAAUUGCAAAUUACCUUGUAAUAGUGAGAUUUGCAAUGGUAGCUUUAAUUGAAUUGAAAAUGGAAUGUUUCCAUUAUAUAGACCAUCACUGAACUGCAAGAAUGGUUAUAGCAUAUAUUUUGAGAAUAUAUAAAGUUUUUAUCAAUGCAUUGCUUUUAUUGCCAAGUUCGUAAAUAGUGUUGUAAAAAUUUUAGCAAACGAAGCCAACUACAGUGAGGUGGUUUGAAAGAGGAAACAGAAGAAUUUCUAGGAGUCACUCACAGAUCACAAUUCAUAAUGGAUUAGAGGCUUUUUAUCAGGAACCACAAUAUAAGAUAAAAACACAUUUAAGGAUCUUAUACUACUGACAAAAUGUCCGGCGCACUUUCCAAUCUUGAAUAUUUUACCAGUGAAAGCAAUCGAGAAUAAGAAAGGCAUGUUACUUCUUGGUUGAAAUUGUACUUUUACAUUUAUCAAAGAAGUUUCGUCUCAUUGGUCUUUUGGCUUUGCCUUCUAGCUAAGGUUUAUUGCUAAACAGAAUUUCAAUGUCUUCUUGCAUCUGUGCUAUAUAAAGAAGUAUUAAGGCAUUUUUGGUACUACGAUUUUAUUACGAGGCUCAAAAAUGAGGAACUUAAGAACAAGGCCUCGCGCACCGUAUCUUAUGAAAACGAGCAAGGACAACGUUUCCAGAGAAAGAGGAUCAAUACAAACUUAUUGAUCUUUUCUUAUGUUGCAUUUACCGUUUGAACUAAAUUAGAUUUCUAUGAUCGCCUUGGAGAGACAAAAAACAGAAGAAUGACUUUUAUCAAUGUUGCAUAAAAAUGUACAUCGGCUCAAAUCUAAAAUAAGUUCUAGUGCACUUUACAAAGAAAACAGAAGAACGUUAUAUGUUCAUUUAUUCUCCUCAAACUCCAUAAGAACAUUUGAAAGAGUAAGUCUGCCUUUUUCGUCAAUGACGCCUGUGACAACAUAGUACCCUGGGUCAAGGAUAGAAAGGCAGGGACAGUCUGCCAUUUCGGCUCUGAUUGUAAAUUGGCUGCCCUUACUGACUUUUUCAAUGGGACUUUUCAAGACAUCAACAACUUCAAACUUCAUGAUCGACAACAGUUUGAACACAGAGAGGUUUGUAUCGAUAUGCUUGACAACCAUGACAAAGUCAUUAUCCUCCAAUGUUUUGUUUUC